AUGUCUAGCGAAGAUGGUGAAAAGUGGUCACCUGAAAGCAGAAACAGUGAUAUACCCGUAUCACCAAGUUAUUCGAGCUUUGAAGUCUUAGAUCCACAUGACCCAAUCAUAAGUCGUCUAGCCACACAACUAUUUAAACGAACUAAUGAUUAUCUACAAGGGGAGGUGUCUGCUGGUCAGGAUCACUACGUGCUGUUGGAAGAAAUCAACAGGUUAGCGAUAACCAAGUACGCAGAUUUGAAAAAUUUUACCGUCAAUUUGACAAAAAGCUUGAACGAGUGUAAUGAAAUGUAUGCAUCAACUAUCACACCACUUCUACUUCAAAUAGAUGACAUUCACGAGCAAGUAACAGAAUUUGAAACUAAUGCGUAUCGCUUGGACAGCUACACAAAACAGCUUAAAGCACAAUUUGAUGAGCUCAUUGAGAAGGAAACAAUGUCAUCACCGAAAGCUAACUAG